AUGAGCGGCGGGGUGCAGGAGCUUGUGCGUGCGGCCCGCGCGGGAGACCUGGAGAGGGUACAGGCGCUGGUGGAGGGUGGCGUGGCGGUGAAGGAUCAAGUGGUGUCCGGGGUCAAUGACCGGGUUGUGUACCAGGACACGGCUCUGACGGGCGCGGCGCGGAUGGGGCGGAAGAAUGUGGUGCAGUGGCUAGUGGGGAGUGCGGUGGUGGGGGUGGAGGAUGGGCGGACGGACGGGUGGACGGCGGCGAUGGCUGCUGCCUGGGGUGGACACCUGGAUGUGAUGCAGUGGCUGGUGAGCAAGGGUGGGGCGGAUGUCGACAAAGCCAACAACAAGGGAUGGACACCGCUGUACAUCGCUGCGCAGAAUGGCCACCUGAAAGUGGUACAAUGGCUGGUGGACAAGGGUGGGGCGGAUGUCGACAACGCCGACAACGACGGAGUCACGCCGCUGUACAUUGCUGCCGAGAUGGGUCAACUAGUUGUGGUACGAUGGCUGGUGAACGAGGGUGGGGCGAAUGUCGACAAGGCCAAUAACGACGGGGCCACGCCGUUGUCUAUUGCCACGCUUAGCUGCCACUUGGAUGUAGUGCAGUGGCUGGUGGGCGAGGGCAAGGCGGCGGUCGACAAGGCCCUGAACAACGGAGCCACGCCACUGUACAUAGCUGCGCGAAGCGGUCAUCUGGAUGUGGUUAAGUGGCUGGUGAGCGAGGGCGGGGCGGAGGUCGACAAGGCUCACAACAACGGAGCCACACCGCUGUACAUUGCUGCACAGAAAGGCCACAAGGAUGUGGUGCAGUGGCUGGUGAGCGCAUAUGGGAUGGAGGUUGAUCAAGUCAAGGACAGCGGAGCCACGUGCUUGCUCAGCGCUGCGAAAAAGGGUUGCCUAGGCUUGGUACAGUGGCUGGUGACGGAGUCCGGGGUGGCAGUCGACGAGACCGACGUCGACGGAGUCACAGUGUUGUGCAUCGCUGCGCAGAAUGGCAACCGGGAUGUAGUGCGUUGGCUGGUGAAGACGGGCGGGGCGGAUGUCAACAAGACCGUGAACGGCGGAGCAACACCACUGUAUGUAGCUGCGCAUAGCGGUUACCUCAAUGUUGUGCAGUGGCUGGUGGGCGAGGGCGAGGCGGCGGUUGACCAGACCUUGGACUGCGGAGCCACACCACUGUACAUUGCUGCGUACAACGGUCAUCUGGAUGUGGUUCAGUGGCUGGUGAGCGAGGGCAAGGCGGAAGUCGAAUUGGCCUUGAGCAACGAAGCCACACCGCUGUACGCUGCUGCGCAUAACGGUCAUCUGGAUGUGGUUCAGUGGCUGGCGGGCGAGGGCGGGGCGGAUGUCGGCAAGGCCGACAACAACGGGGCUACACCACUGUACAUUGCUGCCGAGAAGGGUCAUCUGGAUGUGGUGCGAUGGCUGGUGAGCGAGGGCGAGGCGGAUAUCGAUGAGGCUAACAACAACGGGGCAACACCGCUGUCUAUUGCUGCGCAUAGCGGUCACCUCAAUGUUGUGCAGUGGCUGGUGGGCAAGGGUGGGGCGGCGGUUGACCAGACCUUGGACUGCGGAGCCACACCACUGUACAUUGCUGCGCAUAGCGGUCACCUGGAUGUUGUGAAGUGGCUGGUGAGCGAGGGCCGGGCGGAGGUUGACAAGGCUAGCAACAGCGGAGCCACACCGCUGUACAUUGCUGCGGAGAAAGGCCACCUGGAUGUGGUGCAGUGGCUGGUGAGCGCAUACGGGAUGGAGGUUGACCAAGACGAGGACAGCGGAGCCACGUGCUUGCUCAGCGCUGCGAAGCAGGGUUACCUAGGCUUGGUACAGUGGCUGGUGAAGAAGUCCGAGGUGGCAGUCGACGAGACCGACGACGACGGAGUCACACCGCUGUACAUGGCUGCCGAGAUGGGUCAUCUGGAUGUGGUGCGAUGGCUGGUGAGCGAGGGUGAAGCGGCGGUCGACGAGGCCGAUAAUUACGGAGCCACACCGUUGUCUAUUGCUGCGCAUAGCGGGCAUCUGGAUGUGGUUCAGUGGCUGGCGGGCGAGGGCAGGGCGGAUGUCGGCAAGGCCGACAACAACGGAGCCACGCCGCUGUACAUGGCUGCCGAGAUGGGUCAUCUGGAUGUGGUGCGAUGGCUGGUGAGCAAGGGCGAGGCGGAGGUCGACAAGGCUAGCAACAGCGGAGCCACACCGCUGUUUAUUGCUGCGCGUAACGGUCAUCUGGAAGUGGUUCAGUGGCUGCUGGGCGAGGGAAAGGCGGCGGUCAACACGACCUUGACCAACGGAGUCACGCCGCUGUACAUGGCUGCCGAUAUGGGUU